AGAUAAAAACAACCAUCGUCACGGUCAGUCUUGUUUCGAAGGUAUCAUAAUGCGGACAUCAAAAUUAAAACCAGUGUCAUAUUUAACGAAAGUCAACAAAAACUUCAUAAGAAAUGCUGCCGUUAACAGUGCGGCGACAGCAAAAGUUACAGAGGAAACAAUUAAAACAAUACAAGGAAAGUCAUGGCAAGAAAUACCGGGACCUAGUUCCCUGCCUAUUAUAGGGCAAUUGCAUCAUUUCCUUCCAGGAGGUGAACUACACAAUGCAACAUCAUUCGAAUUUGCGAAGAAAAUGAUUCUAAAGUACGGGCCCAUUACACGAUUAGAAACACUCGGUAUACCACCAGUGAUAUUUUUGGGAGAUCCCGAAAGCACUGCUCAAAUACUUCAUGGAGAUAACUGGUUACCAAUACGACCAGGGUUUGAGUCUCUAGACUAUUACAGGACUAAUUACAAAAAAAAUAAAUCAUCUGAACAUUAUGGACUACUAACAGACCAUGGAGAAAAAUGGAAAAAAUUUAGAUCAAAGGUCAACCCAGCCUUACUGCAACCAAAAACAAUCAAACUUUACAGUUCUGUUCUUGACGAAGUUGCUCGAGAUAUGAUUAAUAGACUGAAGUCUGUUCGAGGUGAAGACAAUAUGAUAAAAACAAGUUUUGACGUUGAAAUGAAUUUAUGGUCAUUAGAAUCCGUCGGCGUGAUAGCACUUGGAGACCGACUCAACUGUUUCGACCCGAAUUUGCCCGAAGAUUCACCAGCAAAGAAACUUAUAAAUGUUGUCCACGAAGUUUUAAUACUAGCUGAGGAAUUGGAUUUUAGGCCAAACCUUUGGAGAAUAUUUUCUACGCCAAAAUUUAAAAGGGCAAUGAAAGUAUAUGAGGAACAAGAAGAUUUGGCUAAAUAUUUUGUGAACAAAACAAUGGAAAAAUUUAAAAGCAAGAACGUAACCAAUGAUGAAGAAAAAAGUGUCUUGGAAAAACUACUGGAAAUAGAUGAAAACAUUGCGCAUGUAAUGGCAACUGACAUGUUAUUUGCUGGAGUGGAUACGACCUCAAAUACAAUUACAGCAAUACUUUAUCUACUAGCGACCAAUCCAGAAAAACAAGGAAAACUCAGAGAAGAAUUGAAGUCACAACAAGAGAAAAGACCUUACUUAAGGGCUUGUAUCAAGGAAUCACUAAGAAUGUUACCAGUUGUGUCUGGAAAUGCUAGGAAAACCACCAAGGAUUAUAAUAUAUUAGGGUACACCAUACCGAAAAAUAUGUUAAUCGUGUUCCAACACGAAAUAAUGUCCAGGAUGGAAACUCACUUUCCCAGACCCCACGAGUACAUCCCGGAGAGAUGGCUUGUAGGCAAAGAAGACCCGCUGUACUAUGGAAACGCGCAUCCAUUUGCCCACAAUCCUUUUGGAUUUGGUGUUCGCAGUUGUAUAGGUCGUCGCAUAGCGGAACUAGAAAUAGAAACAUUCCUUGCCAGACUGAUACAAAACUUUAAAAUUGAAUGGUUCGGACCACCGCUUAGGAUCAAGAGGACUUCUUUGAACUAUACGCUUCCACCCUAUAAUUUUAUUUUCAAAGAUGUGUGAUUGUGAAUUUAUAUAACAUUUUAAAAAUAAGUAUGAUAUGGGUGAAAUGUGAUUAUCUCAAGUAUUAAUUACAACGACUACAGCAGGCAAAUGCGUUUGACUACCACAUUAAGUAUUAUAGUCAUGAACAUAGUUUAAUUUAUAAUAUUAAACAAUACUAUUAUAACUAUAUAUUGCUCAACUUUAUUUAAAUAAGAAAAUAUUUUUAUAAUGACAUUUUAGAAUCCUAAAUACUAAAAUGAAAAAUUUUAAUUUCUCAUAGCUCGGUCACUCCAUAACAUACUCGAUCUGUAUAGCAUAAAAACGUAAAAAAUACUAUUUUUUUUUUUCAUUUUAAACAUCGGGUCGAGCAGUCGAAUUAUUAAAAGGUAUUUUUUUUUCAAUAUUUAAUUGCUUUUUUUAAAAUAAUCUAAAUUAUUUCUAUAUUACAGUCUUUAUACAUAUGCAUUUUAUUUGUUAUACAAGUACAUAGUUUUAUGUAAUUCCAACUUGUUAAGCAACUUCAACUACUAAAUCUAUUUCACAAAAAUGAACCAAUAACUUUAAUUCUGAAUCUAAAAAUUAUACGUUUUAUGUUAAUUCAAUACAUAUUUGUUACUUAUUUGUAAAACAUUUUAUUUUUAUUUGUACUAACAGUUUAUCAAUCUUCAAUCAUCAAUUCAAUCUUCUUAAUUUUUUUU